AUGGGUUCGAUCCACGGGCCGAGUGCAGGCCACACAGCAGAGUCGGACCGCAAGAUCAUCGUUGCAGGAGCCCAGCUGGGACCCAUUCAUGUCGACACGCCGCGGUCGGAGGGGAUGGGCCGGAUGAUCAAGUUGAUGGAGGACGCGCAUCGACAGGGCGUCCAGUUGAUCGUGUAUCCUGAGAUCGCGCCCGUGACGUUCUUCCCUCGGCACAUCCUGGACGGCGAUGAGCUCGAGCAAUACUUCGAGAACGAGCAGGAGGUCGGCGGCGACCCGACCAAGCUGGCCAACCUGAAGCCGCUGUUCGACAAGGCCCGGGAGUUCAAGAUGGACAUGUACAUCGGGUACGCGGAGCACGCCCCCGAGUCCGGUGACGGGGAACACGUCCACUACAACACGGCGGUCUACUACUCCGGGGUGGCGGAUCAAGUCAUCUCGAAAUAUCGCAAGGUGCACCUGCCCGGCACUUUCGAGCCCUACGAACGCAAAGACGCCACAAACCAGCUGGAGAAGCGAUACUUCCUGCCGGGCAACCUGGGCUUCCCGGCGUUUCGAGCCCCAGGGCUGGUCGCCAACGCCGUCAGUAAGAAAUCAGGAGCAAAGCCCAACGAGCCAGACACGCUGGGCAAGGGCGACCCCAUCAUCGGCAUGCUCAUCUGCAACGACAGACGGUGGCCCGAGGCGUGGAGACCGUACGGCCUGCAGGGCGCGGAGCUCGUGCUGUGCGGCUAUAACACGACGGCAUGGGCGCCCGAACUGCUCGGCACGAGCACGAAGAUCUCAACCAAGGAGAAGGCCAAACAAGAGGCGCUGUUCCACAACAAGCUGUGCGUCACGUACAAUAGCUAUGCCAAUGCUUGCUUCAGCAUCAACGUCGCAAAGUGCGGCGUCGAGGACGGCAAGUAUCCGUUGAUCGGAGGCAGCUGUAUCGUCGACUGCGACGGAGAGGUCGUCGUGGAAGCCAAGACCGAAGACGACGAGCUCAUCGUCGCCGAGAUCGAUCUCGGCAUGUGUCGCCGCGGCAAGGAGAAGGUGUUUGCGUUCGAGAGGCACCGACGGACCGAACAUUACGGGAUCAUUGCCGAACAGACGGGCGUGGUAGAGCCGGAGUUGCUGUAG